AUUCACCUUCUUUAAAUUCUUCAAAUUGCCCUUAAAAAGAAUUAGUCAGUCCUAACUCUCAUUUCUCCAUUCUGAGAUUUGAUCUAAAGCUAAAAGGAUGGCCAUGGAGGAUAAUAGUAAUUCUCUUCUGGUGAAAUACAGAGUUGAGAAGAAUGUCACUGUGAAGAAGCUAGAAAAUGGACGGAUGCCUCGGGUCAUAAGGAUUUCCGUGACGGAUGACGAUGCCACGGACUCUUCCUCUGAUGAUGAUGAUGUGGAGGAGGACGGUGUUUUCCGGCGGACCACCAAGAAGCAUGUGAGCGAGGUCAGGCUAGAGAGGAAGAAGAGUGUUGCUUCUGCUAAUGAGAAGAGCAACAAGAGGGGGGAAGAAGCCGCCGGCGGAGGCGGCAGCCAUGGCGGGCGAUCAUCGGAAGUUCAGGGGAGUGCGGCGCAUGCCGUGGGGGAAAUGGGCGGCGGAGAUUCGGGAUCCGAUUCGGAAAACCCGGAAAUGGUUAGGCACGUUCGACACGGCCGAGGAGGCCGCUCAUGUUUACGACGCAGCCGCGAUCCAGUUGCGCGGCCCCGACGCCACAACCAAUUUCUUGACGCCGCCGCCGAAGUCCGCCGCCCCGCCACACUCCGACUACGACUCCACGGGAGACUCUGAAAUCACCCCGUCUCCCACUUCCGUUUUAGCGGCAUGCGGCGGCCAAGACGGCGAAUUCGGAACCGAUCAUUGCUUCUUAGAUGGCCUAGACGGGCUGUUGGAUUCCUGGUCGCCGUCGUUGUUGCCGGAUUACCAAACGGGGGAAAUGAUAGUAUUGCCGGAGGCGGAGAUUGGGGAGAGUUUGGACGAUAUUCCGAUGGAUUUUGGAGCUGAUGAGGACUUUUUGGCUUGUUCGUGGGACGUGGACGAUUUUGUGUUUGAUUAGAUCAAAAUCCUAAGGUAAAUUAAAUGACACUCAGGGCG